CGAAGAGUUGGCAGCACUGACCAGCUGUGCGAGUUGAAAAAUUUGUUGUUAAAUCGAGUAAGAAUUAUUUGCUUAUAUUGGAAAGAUGGCAAACGAAAUGGCCCACCGGAUGAGGGCAAUCAAGUGCCCCACGGACGAACUAUCACUGACCAACAAGGCGAUUGUGAACGGAUCCGAUUUCACCGAGGAGGUCAAAUAUGUGGACAUCUCGACGGGCCCGGGACUGCACUUUAUAUUUGCGCUGGAGAAGAUUAGCGGGGCGGAGUUGCCGCGCGGCCACGUCGGUUUUUCGCUGGUCCAAAGAAAGUGGGCCACGCUCUCGAUUAACCAAGAGAUAGAUGUCCGGCCGUACCGGUUCGAUGCCAGCGCGGAUAUCAUCACCCUAGUGUCCUUUGAGACGGACUUCCUGCAGAAAAAGACCACCACGCAGGAGCCGUAUGACUCGGACGAGAUGGCCAAGGAGUUCCUCAUGCAAUUUGCUGGCAUGCCCCUGACCGUAGGACAAACGCUUGUGUUUCAGUUUAAGGAUAAAAAGUUUUUGGGUCUCGCAGUGAAAACCCUGGAGGCUGUCGAUCCUAGAACAGUGGGAGAUGCCGCACCCAAGGCCAGGAAUGUGCGUUUCGGUCGCAUUCUGGGUAACACUGUGGUGCAGUUCGAAAAGGCUGAGAACUCUGUGCUGAAUCUGCAAGGACGCUCCAAAGGAAAGAUCGUCCGCCAGUCGAUCAUUAAUCCAGAUUGGGAUUUCGGCAAGAUGGGAAUAGGUGGCCUGGACAAGGAGUUUAAUGCAAUAUUCCGGCGAGCCUUUGCGUCGCGCGUCUUCCCACCGGAGCUGGUCGAGCAGCUUGGAAUUAAGCAUGUGAAGGGCAUUCUCCUGUACGGACCACCUGGUACGGGCAAGACCUUGAUGGCGCGACAGAUUGGAACCAUGCUGAAUGCCCGCGAGCCAAAGAUUGUUAACGGUCCGCAGAUCCUGGACAAAUAUGUCGGCGAGUCGGAGGCAAAUAUCCGACGCUUAUUCGCGGAAGCCGAGGAGGAGGAGAAGCGCUUGGGACCCAACAGUGGCCUGCACAUCAUCAUUUUCGACGAAAUCGAUGCUAUUUGCAAGGCUCGUGGCUCAGUGGCUGGAAACAGCGGUGUCCAUGAUACGGUGGUCAACCAACUGCUGGCCAAGAUCGAUGGUGUGGAGCAGUUAAACAAUAUUUUAGUGAUAGGUAUGACCAACAGGCGGGACAUGAUCGAUGAGGCACUGCUGCGACCCGGACGCUUGGAAGUCCAAAUGGAGAUUAGCCUGCCAAAUGAGCAAGGACGCGUCCAGAUCCUCAACAUUCACACCAAGCGGAUGCGAGACUUUAACAAGAUCGCCAGCGAUGUGGACAACAAUGAAAUUGCCGCCAGGACAAAGAACUUUAGCGGUGCAGAGCUGGAAGGAUUGGUCAGAGCAGCUCAAUCCACGGCUAUGAAUCGACUAAUUAAGGCGGACUCCAAGGUUCAUGUGGAUCCCGAGGCCAUGGAAAAAUUAAAAGUAACCCGCUCCGACUUCUUGCACGCCCUGGAAAACGACAUCAAGGCCGCCUUUGGAACCGCCCAGGAGAUGCUGGAGAAUAUGCUGGCCCGCGGAAUUAUCAACUGGGGACCACCGGUCACCGGACUCCUAGAGGACGGUCUACUAUCUGUACAGCAAGCCAAGGCCACCGAGGUCUCGGGACUGGUGUCUGUACUGAUCGAAGGAGCCCCCAACUCUGGGAAAUCAGCCCUGGCCGCCAAUCUGGCCAAGAUGAGCGACUUUCCGUUCGUGAAGGUCUGUUCACCGGAAGAUAUGGUAGGUUUCACCGAGUCUGCCAAGUGCCUGCACAUCCGCAAGAUAUUCGACGACGCCUACCGCUCCACGUUAAGCUGCAUUGUGGUGGACAAUGUGGAGAGAUUGCUAGACUAUGGCCCAAUCGGACCACGGUACUCCAAUCUCACGCUGCAGGCCUUGCUGGUGCUCCUCAAGAAGCAGCCGCCCAAGGGCCGCAAACUUCUCAUCCUGUGCACUUCCAGCCGGCGAGACGUUCUCGAAGAGAUGGAAAUGCUGCCGGCCUUUACAUCCGUGCUUCACGUCUCCAAUCUCUCAAGUCCGGAGCAUGUUCUUGCUGUGCUGGAUGAUUCGGAUUUUUUCAGUCCGGAGGAACUGCAGAGUAUUGCAAGGAAAAUGGCCGGAAAGCGAGUGUGCAUCGGCAUCAAGAAGCUGCUGGCCCUCAUCGACAUGGUCAGGCAAUCGGAACCCCAUCAGCGGGUGAUCAAGUUUCUCAGCAAAAUGGAGGAGGAGGGCGGCUUGGAUUUAGUGUCCAGAACGGACUAGCUACCGCCCAUUUCCGAGCUGAGGCUAUCCGUUGUGGAGCUAAACGAUGCCUUUUAAAACCCAAGUGUACAUUCCAUACACAGCAUCAAUCAGCGGGGGUGGGUCGACUUGAUUGCCAAGAAAUUAAAAGCUCAAUAAUAAAUGGUUUAAGAAAAAGAAUUCCGAUUCAUAAGGCUGUUCUACAAUUGCAAUUAAAAAUUAAAAUUUGAACAACAAAAUCACUAAAAUUCUCAAUAUAAAUUAAUUUUCAAGUUCCUUACUACAUGUAAAAAGGUUUUUACAAAAGACUCUUGAUAAAAUGGCAUAAUUCCAACGAACUUUCAAGUUUUGCAGUUUCAAACCAAACUCACUGAAUCGGCGAUUCACUGAUUUUACAGUUUGAAACAUAAAAACUUGACUGAUUUUUUGGAAAUGUGGAAUUUUAUUAAGACUUGUUUUCUGUAAAAUAUAUUUAAUAUACAUAUUUCUUAUGAUUUUUCUAAGGCAAAACAAAGUCGAUCCACCCUAGAGCACCUAUUAUUUGUAAUAUUUUUUCAGUUUAUAAAUAUGAUUAACAAGGAGCUAGGGCUUUGUGGCUCAUCCUCAGUCCCGAGUGUAAUUAAUUAUCCUUUAGCUUUAUGUGACUAUUACAACAAUUUACCGUCUUAGUAACGUUUUAUUAAAACUAUACAAAAGCACAAACAACCUGAGCAUGCAUACAUUUGACUUCAUUGACUUGCUGGAAUACUUGUUUAAACCAACGAACUUUUAACUAAGGAUCAAGACACAAAACCUCCAAUUUAGAUACCGCAAAAUAGUUACGCACAUAAAUAUACAAUUUUAUACAAAUCACAUGUAUUUUGUACGGUUUUACAAAAGCUGAUCUUAUUGACAGAGAUGAGAACCAAACCGCAACCGACUUGAAAAUGGUAUAUCCAAAAAUGAUGUCAUAUUGCCAAUGACACGUACAUUUUAAAUGAUAAAACAAUGAAACGCCGUUUAGAUGUUUAAAUGUUUUUUACAUAUGUGGUGUAUUUUGUACAUUUUAUAAUUGAUUUCAGAUAAAAACAAGUUCAGAAAGUAAAAGAAUGAAAUCCGAAAAUGUUUAAGAAUUCAUUUGAAGGAAAUUGGAAAGAAUUAAAUGAAGAAUUAUUGAAUGCAGAGGCUAAAAGUAUUCAAAUUUUAUGAUACCCAUUGCACAAUAUGGAAUAAGUUCAAGUAUUAUUGUAUCCUGCUAGAGAAUUUCCCUAAUUAGGAAUGUAAAUUGAUUUUAAUAUGAUCACAGCACGAAUGUAUUUCUUUUUAAGAGCAGUUUUUAAUGGUUUUCUGUAAGCAAAAAAAAUAUAAUAAAUAUAAUAAGUAAGUAACUAGAUCAAUUUCGGUUUCAAAACUAACGUACGAAGGUUUAGGUCUCGACUUGUGGUUGCAAAAUCCGAUUGAAGCUUUUUUCGAUCACUGAUCGAUCAAGCAAAUAUAUGUAUGAAAAGUAAUAUAUAAUAAAGAAAUAUGGAUGUGACAUUAUUGUAUUAUUUGAUGGAAUAACGGUCCCAAUUAGAUGUGUACUGAGAUGGUAGAUAAUUUCUUUAAAUGAAUAUGUUUUGAGUAUAUUUUAACAGAGUUAUAAAUAAAUGGAGUUGAGUACUAA